UACCUUUCUAACCUCAUUCCACAUUCCACUCUCAUGUUGGAACUUUGUCUAUUUUCUCACUUUCUACAAACCCAUUUUUCACCGAGUAUGCCAUUUAUAGCGCAAGCUUUCUCUUUCUUGCCUUCUUUCUUUCUUUCUUUCUUUUUUUACCUUUUGGAUCCGGUAGGCCCCAACAUGUCUGUAGCGUAAAAAGGAAGAUUUGUAUGGGGACCUGCACAAAC